AUGGACGAAUGCUUUAGAAUUCUGAAUGAACGAUCGCAGUACAUAAAACUCACUCAAGAACAGCCAAAAGAUGGUUGGCUGCCUUAUUUGAAUGCUCAAAUAAAACUACACAAUGACAUUGCAAGUGUGAAAUGGUAUCGCAAGGAAAGCUCGAAAAACAUACUGAUAAACGCAAAGUCAGCCCAUCCUAAUAUCAUGAAAAAGGCAAUUAUCCGAAAUAUGGUCAAAACAGCAACAGCAAUGUGCACAGGGGAUAGAGAACGGGAGGAAUCUCUAAAACUAGCCACAAGCAUAGCUAGUUCAAACGGGUACUCGAGAUUGAAAUCUAACACUCAAUCUCGAACUACGAACAACACAGUGAGGAUCCCACGUGAAGGUAGAAUUCCUUUGUGCAUCCCCUUCGUCUCUCACUCCUUAACUGCUGCUAUACACUGGACUCUUUUGAGAGCACAGCCGCAAAAUGAUGUUGUGUUGGUGAACAUCCCGAACGACAGCAUCAAGCGACAGUUAGUUCGCAGUAGAUUCUAG